ACUCUUGUCCCCUUCGAAUUUUCCCUAUAAUUUCCCCGCCCCAGCCAGGGAAAUUUUCCUAUAAUUGUCUGGCCAUACCUAGUUGUGAGAUAGAUUGUUGCUAGACGCGACCGAAUUUCAGAUGAUACAAGUAAACGAUUUACCUACUAGAAAAAAGUAAUUUUACAAGGAUUUGUAGAUUAUGAAAGACUUCAGUGAGCUUGGUAUCUCAGAGGGGGCCGGCGGUCUAGACAACAGGAAUAUAAGCAAAGCCUCACCAAAGCCCGACUCAAAAAUUGAGAUAGAGAGCGAAGACAACAUCUCGUUAUCCGCGGUUCUUCGUGAGCUACAGGGGGUUACUGUUGCCACAAAAGCAGACCAAGGCGACCUCAAUUAUAUUACCCGUAUUCUCACAACAGAAGCUGGUGCUAAUCGGCCCCUCGAGGACCCCCCAGCACUCACGCUCCGCAAUUGGCAUGCUCGUCUCAAAAACCUUGAUUUCGGCGAAAGCCAAUACCAUCGCGCAAGUCUGGCCGUUUCUAUAGCAUUCUUGUGUGAGACAGGCCGCCGAAACAUCACCGUGUAUCCUGCAGACCUUGAUUUUGUGUGGUCUACAAUUUACGAGGCUUUGGCGGACACUUCAAUACCUUAUACAGUGUCUCGUAGCUCACAAGGCUUCCUCACGAUUGCUUUGUCGAGCCUGAUAAAAGAUGGAAACAUCGAAGAACUCUUUCGCCUUCAUGUAUGGGAAGCCGACGGCCGUCGGGGGACCCCUGAACUGGCUAUUCAUUCGCACCAACCUUUUAUCCAAAGUUGGAUUCUCGCAGGCGAGGGCAAAGAUUAUACGUACGAAGCUUGUCCAGAGGAUACCAAUGCAAGUAUAACACUUUCCGAAUAUGCCCUCACAUGGAGCACAAAUACGGCUGGUGAAAGCGGGAAGAACUAUAAGGUGCAUCCGAUGUCUUCCACGGUCACGAACCAAAACAAACCGGUUCACAUCGUUCAAAAAAGUGCUGCAAGCCAUACUCGUAACAUGACAUACACGGUUCCAACGCAUGUCUUUCACAAGUCAGUAGUUGCUCCAGGCACAUUUCAUGCAACUCUGGCCCUAUUUGAUAGUUAUCGCGGUUUCCAUCGAGAUGCUCCAGUUUUGGGGCCAUCUGAUGGAACUUCAUAUACGGCGAAGAGGGAUACCGCGACUCUAACGGCGCCGGAGCUGGCAAGAGUUGUCGAAAUUGCACGCGAGCGGGAGUUGUCGCAUAUAAAUAAUAUGAAUUCACCGAAGAUUCGCGGGGCUAUAGCGUGGGCUGGGAGGAUUGUCGGGUGGCUAGCUCUUUUAGUUAUUGCCGUGAUGUAUGUGAAAGGGGUCAGUCCAUUUUCCAGCGGGGGGGCUUAGUACAGUUCUGGACAGCAUUGGACGCUAGUGGGGUUAUAAUGCUUUUAUAGCACAUGUCCCCCCUAAGGAGAGGCUCGCCUUGCACCUUAGGAGGUACCUACCUGGGUAUAGUGGGUUUCAGCGCUAUGGUACCUAUGAAUAUAGCGCACUCUUGCUAAAAACGAGUUAACUAUCGUGAAAAAUAAGGGAAUCCCCACCCGCAUCCCCAAUUCUGGAUUAAACGGCUAAUUAAGAAUGGUAUUGCGUAGAAGAAAAACGUUCGCAUUAAGAUAAAUUCUUAUUCAAAUAAAACAUAAAGUUUGCUGACAUACGUUUUUCCAGUUGAAGAGACGUUGAAAUUGAAAGAGCCGCGUUUUCCCCUUUUCUCUAAUUGAGAAGUUUGCAUGGGAAUAUACCGUACUGCGAUAGCGGAUUAA